GUUACCAUAAAAGGUGAUGACAUCUACGUUGAAGCUGACGAAGAUGCUUUUAAAAUUUCCAGAAGACCUCCAAAGUGUUCUUCUGGAGUACCUCCGUUAAAUGACCGCACCGUAAUAAUUAUCGGUGGUGGCGCUUCUGGAAACGCUGCAGCAGAGAAACUUCGUGAAUCUGUAACUAAAGUAGAUACCACUUCCAAAGUGGUCACCCUCGAUAAUGGUGAAAAUUUGAAGUAUGACUCUUUAAUUAUUGCUACUGGGGCUUCGCCACGAUCUAUUCCAAUUCCCGGAAUUGGACUCAACAACGUGUUUUAUCUUCGUACAUUCGAAGAUUAUGAAAAAAUUGAGCAAGAAGAAAACAAGAAUCUCACAAUUAUUGGAUCUUCUUUUAUUGGAAUGGAAGUUGCAGCUAUGUGCGCUAAAAAAGUCAAAGUUUCUGUUAUUGGCAUGGAAAAGGUCCCUUUUGAAAGAGUACUUGGCCUUGAGGUUGGAGGUGCAAUUCAAAAGUUGCAUGAAGCAAGCGGUGUCAGCUUUUAUCUGCAAUCUGGUGUGAAGGAAAUUGAACCCUUGAUGAUAUUAGCAGAUGGCAGAAAGAUUCCCGCUGACGUGAUAGUAAUUGGAGCAGGUGUAGCUCCAGCAACUGGAUUCUUGAAAGACUCACCAGGGUUUACACUAGAAAAAGAUGGUAGUCUUAAAGUCGAUGAGAAUUUCAAAGUCGAAGGGCUUGAUGAUGUUUUUGCAAUUGGUAAGAUUGCUGAAAUCAUUGCUAAAAAAUCGGCACCUUCAUUUAAAAAAAUCCCAUACUUUUGGAGUAAUCAACUUGGCAAGGGAAUACGUUAUGCUGGUUAUGCCGCUGGUUUUGAUGAUGUUAUUAUUAAAGGAAAUCUGGAAGAAUUUAAGUUUGCAGCAUAUUAUGCGCGUAAGUAUCGAAGAUGA